AUGGGCCCAGUCACUGCUCCUAAAGGUCGUGCCCGCCCUCGGCGCAGUCUUCGCCCGCACUCUGUGGGACCCUCGGGGCUCAAAGAUCAAACGGGAACAGCGGACACAAAUCAGAUUUCCCAAGAUUCCACAGACAAUCGGAGCAAUGGUGACUCACAGAGGAACGGCCAUACCUCAAGCAUGACCUCCAACGGAAUUCGCAACUCCGAAGUGGAUGGCAAUGGGGAGGUCGUGUUGGAGGAGCAGCGCAGAGCAAAGGUCGCGGCGCGGGACGUCAUGACCAAGCUGGCUUUGGAGCGCGAGGAGGCGAUGGAAAUGGAUAACUCGCGAUGA